AUUUGAUAAAUUCAACAGAAUCAUUGAAGGAGAAUUCAGGGGUUGUGAUAUCUUGAGAAUUUUGCAUUUUGAAGUUUUUUUUGUACAAUGGAAAGUUCUGUAGCUGCAGAAAAUGAUAGUAAUCCCCCAGAGGAUGAUGUGAAGGAGAGGUGUUGGGACCAAAGAGAGGCGCUUCCGGGUGAGCCUCGAUGUGUCAUAUGUGGCCGCUAUGGUGAGUACAUUUGUGAUGAAACUGAUGAUGAUAUUUGCAGCUUGGAAUGCAAAGGUAUAUUGUUGUCGCGGCUUGCAAAAUCGCGGCAACCAACUGCUCGUCCAUGUCCUGUGAAGUUACCAGCAACUGAUGAGUGCUAUUAUGUAAGGGAUAAUGAUAAAUCUGAAGUGAAUCCACUAACAACUGACCAGACUGAACUUCUGAGAAGGAAACUUGAUAUUCUUGUGAAGGGAGAUACUACACCGCCUCCCAUCUUGUCAUUUGCUUCUUGCAAGCUACCUCAGAAGCUUCUCGAGAAUAUUGAAGUUGCUGGUUAUGAAAUGCCAACUCCCGUCCAGAUGCAAGCAAUCCCUGCUGCUUUAGCACGGCAAAGCUUGCUUGUUUCAGCAGAGACUGGUUCUGGUAAAACUGGCUCUUUUCUAAUUCCUAUUGUUUCUCAGUGUGCAAAAUUCAAUGAAGAGCAUUUCCAAAACCAGCAACAACCAUUAGCUAUGGUUCUCACACCUACUAGAGAACUCUGCAUACAGGUAGAGGACCAAGCUAAGGUGCUCGGGAAGGGUUUGCCAUUCAAAACUGCGUUGGUGGUAGGUGGUGAUGCCAUGGCAGGACAGCUCCACCGCAUCCAGCAGGGAGUAUCUUUAAUUGUGGGAACUCCUGGAAGGCUCAUUGACCUUUUAACGAAACACGAGAUUGAACUGGAUACUAUUUCAAUUCUUGUUCUUGAUGAAGUUGAUUGCAUGCUCCAAAGAGGUUUCCGUGAGCAGGUGAUGCAGAUUUUUACGGCUCUGUCUCAACCCCAAGUGUUAAUGUAUUCCGCUACAAUUCCUAAAGACGUAGAGAAGAUGGCAAGCUCAAUGGCGAAAAAGGUUACUGUCAUCUCUGUUGGGAAGCCAAAUAAACCUAAUCAGGCUGUCAAGCAGUUAGCUAUUUGGGUAGACUCGAAACGGAAGAAGCAAAAGCUUUUUGAUAUUUUGAUGAGCAAGCAGCAUUACAAGCCACCAGUUAUUAUAUUUGUGGAUUCUAGACUCGGAGCAGAUCUCCUUUCUGAAGCAAUAACAGUAAGUACUGGGCUAAAAGCAUUAUCAAUUCAUGGUGAGAAAUCCAUGAAGGAUAGGAGAGAAAUUGUAAGGUCAUUUCUAGUUGGAGAAAUUCCAGUUAUUGUGGCCACAGGAGUGUUGGGUCGAGGAAUCGAUCUGUUGACUGUGAAACAGGUUAUUGUGUUUGAUAUGCCAAAUUCCAUCAAGGAGUAUGUGCACCAGGUGGGAAGGGCAUCCAGAAUGGGGGAGGAAGGUACAUCAAUUGUCUUUGUGAAUGAAGAGAACAAGAAAUUGUUUCCCCAGUUGGUUGAAGCUCUUAAAACAUCUGGUGCUGCAAUUCCCCGAGAGCUUGCUAAUUCACGGUAUUCUGUUGCCUCUUCCUCUACUGGCAGAGGUCAGAAAAAACGAAAACAUGGUUUCUGAAGACGUUGCUAUCCUUCCCCUUCCUUAACAUUAAGCUCCCCAUGCUAAGAAUUAAGAAGAUACAUUUUCUGUAAAGCUCUUCUCUACUGCAAAUGACCUGCCAUUACCUCCAACUGCUUCUUGGACCUGGCGGUCAAACUUUAUUGCUUAGACAUUAGCCCUCCUUUUGAUGUUCACUAGUUCUCUCACAGGAAGCUGAACUCUGUCAGACACACGGUCACACAGUAUGUAGGACCGUAUACUGUGUAGUGCAUAUUUUAUACGUAAUGAUUCUUCUAGUGCUAAAAGUUGAUUCUUCUCGUUUGAAAAGAUCUGGUGAACUGAGAACCAGCACUGGAUUCGCUUCUCAAAGCUGAAGAACCUAUGGCUUGCAAUGUUGAGGGAAUGCUGCAGUUGCUACUCAUUCUUGAGUUGUUCGCGUCAAUCUUAAAAGUCAAAAAAAGGCAUAUAAAGUUUUGGCGAUGCUUGGUGGUGUCUGCAGUUGGACUGUACAUCCUGUUCUAUCCAUGACUUUGCACAGUUUGCAUCACAGGGUACAGAUGCUUUUGCUGUUUUUGGAUUAAAAGAAUCCUGAUAAGACAAGACGCCAGAGGUGCUUAAUUGUGCGGGUUAACCAGCAGAUUGUAAAUCUCAGAUAAAUGAACCAAGUUACCAACUCCUUUGAUGCUAGGAAGAGGCUUUCUGUUUGAUCCCUUACAAGAAGAAGCAGCAUAAUAAAACAUGUCUCACCAUUUAUCCAUUGGUGGAUGAAGAAUCGUGAACAUAAUAAUUUCUGGUUGACCAUGUUCCCAGAAAAAAGAUACUUUUGAGAAAGGACGAGUAUGAUUGAAGUGGCUAUACAUACAAAUCUAAAUACGGAUCUAUAUGCUUCAAUUGGAACUGGAAGUUCCAGAACAGGUGGCUGGUAUACCACAAUAAUCAAACUUCCUUUAAUUUUUUUUUAAUUUGGAUCGGAUUUAUGUUGGCUUCGUUGGGAUGCUCGCGCAGUUUGUUAUGUCAGCUCCAAAAGGAUAAGUUGCGUUGGAAUUGAUAAAGUUAUGUGGAGUUCAUGAUUGCAUUAUAGGAGCCAAAGUAGUGGCUGCGGGGCGCGUUGAGGCAUAUCUUCGACAGUCCUAGUAUGCCUGGCUUGUUGUCCCAUUCUAAAGAAUUCAUGAUUUAUAUAUGUUUCAGGCCGGUGAGAGGGAGUGUAAUCAUUGGCUUUGAAUAAGAGUGCUGAAGACCAUUACUAAAUCAUUUGUUGCUACAUUUCCUUCAUAUAUAGAUUAAUUAUAUUUUCUUGGUAACAAUUGAAUUUUGUUAUCAGUACAGA